AUGGUGAUGGCCAGUGUCAUGCAGAAGAUUAUACCUCACUAUUCUCUUGCUCGAUGGCUACUCUGUAAUGGCAGUUUGAGAUGGUAUCAACAUCCUACAGAAGAAGAAUUAAGAAUUCUUGCAGGGAAGCAGCCAAAAGGGAAAAGCAAAAAAGAUAGGAAAUAUAAUGGUCACAUUGAAAGUAAGCCACUAACCAUUCCAAAGGAUAUUGACCUCCAUCUAGAAACAAAGUCAGUUACAGAAGUGGAUACUUUAGCAUUGCAUUACUUUCCAGAAUACCAGUGGCUGGUGGAUUUCACGGUGGCUGCCACAGUUGUGUAUCUAGUAACUGAAGUCUACUACAAUUUUAUGAAGCCCACACAAGAAAUGAAUAUCAGCUUAGUCUGGUGUCUACUUGUUUUGUCUUUUGCAAUCAAAGUUCUAUUUUCAUUAACUACACACUAUUUUAAAGUAGAAGAUGGUGGUGAAAGAUCGGUCUGUGUUACCUUUGGAUUUUUUUUCUUCGUGAAAGCAAUGGCAGUCUUGAUUGUAACAGAAAACUAUUUGGAAUUUGGACUUGAAACAGGGUUUACAAAUUUUUCAGACAGUGCGAUGCAGUUUCUUGGAAAGCAAGGUUUAGAAUCUCAGGGUCCUGUUUCAAAACUUACUUUCAAAUUUUUCCUGGCUGUUUUCUGUUCACUCAUUGGGGCUUUUUUGACAUUUCCUGGAUUACGGCUGGCUCAAAUGCAUCUGGAUGCCUUGAAUUUGGCAACAGAAAAAAUUACACAAACAUUACUUCAUAUCAACUUCUUGGCACCUUUAUUUAUGGUUCUGCUCUGGGUAAAACCAAUCACCAAAGACUACAUUAUGAACCCACCAUUGGGUAGAGAAAGUGUCCCUUUAAUGACAGAAGCUACAUUCGAUACUCUGCGACUCUGGCUAAUAAUUCUGCUGUGUGCUUUACGGUUGGCCAUGAUGCGUAGUCACCUGCAAGCUUACUUAAACUUAGCCCAGAAAUGUGUGGAUCAGAUGAAGAAAGAAGCAGGGCGUAUCAGUACAGUUGAGCUACAGAAAAUGGUUGCUCGAGUCUUUUACUACCUUUGUGUCAUUGCACUGCAGUACAUGGCUCCUCUGGUAAUGCUGCUUCAUACAACGCUACUUUUGAAAACACUAGGUAAUCAUUCCUGGGGGAUCUAUCCAGAAUCAAUCUCUACCUUGCCAGCAGAUAAUAGUCUGUCCUCCAAUUCUGUUUAUUCUGAAUUACCAUCUGCUGAAGGGAAGAUGAAGGUAACUGUUACACAAAUAACAGUGGCACUAAGCAGCUUAAAAAACAUUUUCACUCCUCUGCUUUUUCGAGGACUUCUGUCUUUUCUGACCUGGUGGAUUGCUGCUUGUCUCUUUUCUACAAGCCUUUUUGGGCUUUUCUAUCACCAGUAUCUGACUGUGGCAUGAAUCUCAGUUAGCAAAGUGGAUAUCCAAGUCACACUUUGAAUUCAAACAUUUGUGCCCUUGAAGGGCUGAUGAAAACCAGAAGAAAGCAAAAUCAAAGGCAAACAAGAAACAUAUCAGAAUAUCUUACUUUAAAUGCUUCCUCUGUAUCCUCAGGGUGAAUUAAUGGUAUAAUAUUUAAGAUUACAGAAUAGAUUAUUAACUACUAUACUGUGGCAUUGGAAUUUUAACUCCUUGUAUUAACUGAUGUGAGAGGGCUAUCUACAAGGGUGAUACUUCUGAUUACCUUGGUUUACAGAAACUUCUAGCAGUCUUGAAACUUCUCAUAUGACUUCAGUUAUUGAUUGAUUGCUCUUAAUGGUAUUAAGGUACUGUUAAUAUUCCUAGUGGCUACCUAUAGAACAAUCUUCAAACUGAGCCGUGCUUUAGGGGAGGGAAAGGAGCUAAAGUUGCUUCUGUUGGUAAUGUAUUAGUCACUCUUCAAACAAUAAUUGCAAAAUCCAACAGAAAGAAAGAAAUAGCUACUGUAUAUUACAGUAAAGAAAGCUGCAUAGUAAUUUUAAAUUUAAUGGAAAUGUACAUGCUUACUGUCCACAAGUACUGCUGCUUAAGAGUAGCAAGAGUAUUGUUUUAAAAGGUAUUCUGUCCAACUUGAGGGAUCUUUUAAAAGGAUUGGCUAUAUGAACAUUUGCAAUCUUGCUGUUAGGUUUGGACUCCCAUAUUUUAUUUUAUUCUAUGAUCCUAAAUAUAGUUCUUUUUAAUAGUCUAAAAAUAUUUAUCAAUAUUGAUCAGACUUAAAAAAAUUUCUUUGGAAUCCUGCUGACUACCUGUAUGUAUUGUAUAUAUAUUAUAUAUUAAAUAUAUAAUAUAUUGAGAUGAUAAAAGGUAAAAAUAUUGGAUCCUUAUAAUAUUUUAAGUUGCUGAAUGUAUGUUAAAAUGUGAUUGAAUGAGAUGUAUUUGUAUCUAGAAAUUUUCUUUUUGGAAUGAGAUUAAAAUACAU